AUGUUUGGUGAUGAGGAUGAUGAGGGCAGGGGUGAUGCAGGGGCCGAUGGUAAAAGGGGCGAUGGUAAAGGGGAAGGGGGGGAGAAGGAAGGUGAGAGGAACGAGGCCAAGGGAGGGGCAAAAGGGAAAGAAGGGGAGAUGGGUGGAGGGGAGGGGAAGGAGGGAGGGGAGGAGAGGGCAGGGGGUGGGGGGAGUGGAGCGUUGCGCAACAGCGGCUAUGAGUUUGACCACGCCAGUGCUCAACCCGCCCUACCCCCUCCUUUCCCACCACCACACUCGUUCCUUCGCGACCCCCCCUCCCCCCUCUUCCCUCCCCAUGUCCCUCGCUUCUACUGUUUGCAACUGCGAUAG